ACAAAGCAAAGUAAGCAAAUUCACCUAACAAAAUUAAUGUUUUGUUUUCCAAUUUCCAAUUAGAUCGGAAAGAAGUGAAUAAUCCAUGAAGUGUUAAGAAAUAAUAUAUCUAAUAAUUGAUGAGCUAUCGCUGGAAUGGAAUAUAAAAUACGAAAGUAAAACAUAAAAAACCAACAGCAUUUAUAAAAAAAAACAUCCAACGAACCAGUAAAGAAUUUAGUGUAUACAAAAAUAGGUGAAAAAUCUCGGAGAAAUCACACUAAUCACUACUACUUUGUUGUCUAUUGUUGCGAAAAAAAGAUGAAAUAAUAAAUUCAUGAAAUAGAAGUGUUAUACAUGUGCAUAUGAAAGUGUUUAAAAGUGUAAAAUAUUACAAGUAUUUUAUAUCAAAUAAGAAAGUAUUUAAAACAAUUCUGGCCCCCUUUAAACAUAGCUUACAAAAUAUUUUUUUGGGGCUUUUGACAGCAGCCAGUCAGGAAUAACAACAACAAAUACAAUAAGAGCAUACAAACAAAAAAUUUUCACUCUGUAGCAGAGAGACCAAAGAAACUGUGCUGCGACAGAGGGGCAACAAAACGCAAACGAUAAUUUAUGGAUAUUAACAGAACUCUCGCAGAUAAUAAAACUUUAAGGUAAAUUUGUCACUUCAAGUUGGCUUUUAAAAGACUGCAAUUUUGUUGUUAUACAUAUACCAUAUAUUUACAACAAUACUCCCUACAACAACUUCAUCUUACUCAUCAAGGGAUCAUGUUUAGGUUACAUUAAGUUUCCAAAUUUUAAAUUUUUGGAAAUUCCAACCAAAAACAGAUGCCUAAAUUUGGCUAAGUUUGUUUAUUCCAAAGCGUAUUCCAAAUAUUGUUGGAAGACUUAAAACAACAAACCCAAAGCCGACACAGCAGUCGUUGACGUUGUACCAAGUCAAUUUAGUUUACGUAUUGUAACUGCAAUUAUUGGCAAUGACCCUAACAACCGCUUCAGCUACAACUGCCGCCACAAAUCAGCCCACCACCCUGCAAACGGAUUCGAACAAGAAAAUGGAUAUUAAAUGUGCCACAGCACCAUCACCUGCUGUUGCUACAGAUGAAAAUUUACCCACCUCCGAAAUGGAUCUUUUGGCAAAAUUGGAAGCUGCCAAUAAGUUGAUUGAGAGCGAUGCCAAAUCCUUGAAUUCCUUGCAUUCCACACACAGCCGAAAGAAUUCGGAUACAAGUCAAAUUAGCAUUACAUCAAAUGGCAACUCUGUUGCGGAAGAAGAUAUUUGGACCACUUGGGCCACCAUCUUAAAUGAUUGGGAUGGAGCUUUGAAACGUAAAAAUCCUUGUGUUCGUGAAUUGGUGCGACGUGGUAUUCCCCAUCAUUUUAGAGCAAUCGUUUGGCAACAAUUGUGUGGUGCUAGUGAUGCCGACAAAAAACAAUAUGCAGAAUAUAUAAAAGCCACCUCGGCUUGUGAAAAGGUUAUAAGGCGUGAUAUUGCUCGUACUUACCCCGAAGUGGAUUUCUUCAAAGAGAAAGAUGGUCCUGGACAAGAGGCUCUCUUUAAUGUUAUCAAGGCCUAUUCACUACAUGAUCGUGAGGUGGGCUAUUGCCAGGGUUCUGGAUUUAUUGUGGGCCUACUUCUAAUGCAUAUGCCGGAGGAGGAGGCUUUUGCGGUGUUGGUUCAAAUAAUGCAACAACAUCGUAUGCGUGAUAUGUUCAAACCCUCAAUGUCUGAAUUGGGUUUGUGUAUGUAUCAAUUGGAGAAUUUGGUGCAGGAACAGAUACCAGAAAUGCAUAUACACUUCCAGCAGCAGAGUUUCCAAACUACCAUGUAUGCUUCCAGUUGGUUCCUUACUUUGUAUACAACUUCUUUAAGCUUAAACAUCAGCAGUCUUAUCAUGGACGUUUUCCUAAGCGAAGGCAUGGAAUUUAUAUUUAAGGUAGCCUUGGCACUACUGCUAUUGGGUAAGGACACCUUAUUGUCAUUGGAUAUGGAAGCCAUGUUGAAGUACUUCCAAAAGGAACUCCCUAAAAAAGUCGAAGCCGACUCUGAUGCUUUCUUCCAACUGGCCUAUUCUAUAAAAAUCAAUACAAAGCGAAUGAAGAAAAUGGAAAAGGAAUACCAAGAUGUCAAGAAAAAGGAACAGGAAGAAAUGGUCGAACUGCGGCGUUUGAGAAGAGAGAAUCGUUUGCUAAAACAGCGUAACGAUUUGCUAGAGGCUGAGUCAGCAGAAUUGGCUGAUCGUUUGGUUAGAGGACAAGUCUCACGAGCCGAGGAAGAGGAGACAAGCUUCGCCAUACAAACCGAAUUGAUGCAAUUGCGUCGCUCUUAUUUGGAAGUCACACAUCAAUUGGAAAAUGCCAACGAAGAAGUUCGUGGUUUAAGUUUACGCUUGCAGGAAAAUACUGAUCCUCUGGAAAGUAAUAAUUCCCGUCAAUCAUCUCUGGAUGAGCUCUGCAUGAAAGAGGAAGCUCUUAAACAGCGCGAUGAAAUGGUAUCAUGUCUUCUCGAAGAAUUGGUUAAGGUACGACAAAGUCUAGCCGAAAGCGAAGAUCAGAUACGUAACUUAAAAACCAAGGUGGAAGAACUGGAAGAGGAUAAAAAGACUUUGCGGGAAACCACACCCGACAAUUCGGUAGCCCAUUUGCAAGAUGAGCUCAUAGCCAGUAAGCUGAGAGAGGCUGAGGCCAGUCUCUCUUUGAAAGAUCUCAAACAAAGGGUACAGGAGCUAAGCAAUCAAUGGCAGAGACAAUUGCAAGAGCAGCGCAAUGAUCACAACUCACAUCCUGUAGACUCUACACCCAAGAAGCUGCUAACAAAUCUCUUUGAUUCUUCCAAAUCGAAUGAACAUACCCAAAAGUUGGAGGAGGAGUUGAUGACUACACGUAUACGAGAAAUGGAGACCCUAACUGAGCUGAAAGAGUUGCGCUUGAAGGUUAUGGAGCUGGAGACACAGGUCCAGGUCUCCACCAAUCAACUACGUCGUCAAGAUGAAGAGAAUAAGAGGCUUAAGGAGGAACUGGACGUGGCUUUGGUGCGUGAAAAGGAGAUGGCUAACAAGGCCAGAGAACAGCAACACAGAUACUCGGAUUUGGAAUCUCGCAUGAAGGAUGAACUGAUGAAUGUUAAAAUCAAAUUCACCGAACAAUCUCAAACUGUGGCGGAAUUAAAACAGGAAAUUUCAAGAUUAGAAACUAAGAAUUCCGAAAUGUUGGCUGAAGGUGAAUUACGUGCCAAUUUAGAUGAUUCCGAUAAAGUACGUGAUCUGCAGGACAGAAUCGCUGACUUAAAGGCAGAGUUAACAGCAUUAAAAAGUAGAGGUAAAUUCAUGCCUGCCUCUAAGCUGCGUAGCUCCUCAAUACACUCCAUCGAAUCGGCCGAAAGUGAUUUCAAUGACAUCAUGAGCAUGCGAAGAGAAAGCACCGAAUUAUCAUCAUAAUAUUUAAAGAAAUUUAAAUAUUGGUAAAAAAAUGAUUUUUUAAAAUAAUUAAAGAACCACAGGAAUUAUAAAAAAAUAAUUGUAUAAUUUAGAAAAAAAAAUAAGAAUUUAAGAAAACCCAAAAACUAACGAUUGAACCAAUACAUACAAAAAGGAAUAUGCGAAUGGGGAAACCCUAUUUCCCGCUGAGUAGAGAAAGUUUUACACAAAAAUUAAAAUAAAUAUGAAAGAAAAGAAGUUUAUAAUAAAAAUAAAAUUUUUAUAUAAAUUAUUAAAAUACACUUAUGUAUUAAAUGUUUAUUUGUAAGUUAAUUCUUAAAUGUAUGUUUGUUUAAAAAUUAAAAACAAAAAUAACUACAUCAAAAAUUUAAAUUGAAAUUAAGAUGUAGAAAAUAAACACAACAUUCAAAAGAAUUUUUAUAAAAAAAUUAAACCAUAUACAUUGUAUUGUAUAUGAAAAAUGUUAUAUUCCUGUUUAAGGUUGAACUAUCAAACUCUAAGCGCCCAACAAUAUUUGGAAAACCCAUUCUGAAACUUGGCCCCCUAACCAUGUCUUAGAGCAUUUAGGGUUUGAAAUGUUUUUCCAACAUACUUACUAUCUUAGGGUUUAACUAAACCCUAACCACGUUCUCAUUGAUUACAAUCUUCUUUUUUUUAAUCAAUUUUCCUGUUAUUAUUUAUUAUUAUUAUUAUACAAUUUUUUUUCUUGUAAUUUGUAAUUUAUUAGUCUAUUUUUGUAUAAAUUAAUGCAAGAAAAGAAAAUAAAAUAUUAUGUAUUAUAUACUUACAUUUACUUACUCGCCUCUAAGUUAGCUCUUAAUUCUAAGUUUCCAUGAUUUAGUUGUUAGCUAUAUGAUAUUAGACUAUCACUCAUAUAUAUUAUAAUUAGUAGAAUCGCAGUUGAAAACAAAAAUUCAAAGAUUAUGAAAACCACAUUCUCUAAUACAAAACGAAAAUGCAAAAGAAACUAUUAAGGGCAUUAAAACAAAAUUACAAUAAAAAAAAUCUAGAUAUUAUUAUCAUUAUCCACAAUGCUGAGUAGCAAGAGCAAACAAACGAUAUUUUCAUAACCGAUAUUGUUCGAUAAAGAUUACCAUUCAAGAAAGAAAAAUGGUAAAGGCUGUUAAAAAGAAGAAUUUUUUCCAACACUUUAAAAAAUUUUAAUAAAAUAUUUGCACACAUAUAUAGGACUAGCCGAACCGGGUCCGCUCCUCUGCGUCUUCUUUAACUCUUUAAUAUCUUUUUAGGGUGGGAACACUUCGCCCUGACUGCGGAUAUCGAAUUCGUGCCUAUGUAGCCCAUGACGCUGAAUGCGUUCAAAUCCUGGUGAGAACAUCGGACAAAGCGGUGUUUUCCCCUCUAUUUGUGGUCAUUUAAAGAAUUUUCCCCAAAAAGGGGUCGCACUCCGAGACGCCGUUCGGACUCGGCUAUAAAAAAGGUCCCUUAUCAUUGCGUUUAAACUUGAGUCGGAAAGCACUCAUUGAUGUGUGAGGAUUUGCCACUUCUCGGUUCCUGGCGGUAAUGUUCUUCCUUAGCAUAAUGUUCUCAUUAGGAGAGGGAUGGGACCUCAGACAUUUCGACUCAAAUAUGUAUAUCAAAUUCGUCUCCCUUCAAUUUCAGCACCAUAUUGCCAUGGCUGGUAAAUUUGAAACGUUUGAAGGAUGUUUAAGGGCUGGGGCGGUCACCGGCACUUUGCACUGAAAAUAGAUAUCAAAUUUGUUCUUUUUUCCCAACGGAAAUGAAGUUCAGUUUAGGGGGUGCUUUACGGCGUACCCCUAAACACUUGGCUCCAAAAUUGGAUAUCAAAUUCGUUUUCUACUCUCAAAUACCUUUCCUUUGAGUCCCAUAGGACUAACUUUAGGAGAAAAAGCGCCACCUAGACUUGAACGCAAAUUUUAAUGUCAUUUCCUUUCCUUCUUUUCAUAGCCGAGUCCGAACGGCGUGCAGCAGUGCGACACCUCUUUGAAGAGAAAUUGUACAUGCCAUAGUACCUCACAAUUGUUGCGAGCAUUAGGUUCUCACCGCUGAAAGUUUUUUUUUUUUUUGAUAGGUGUGAGAGACUCCCAUCUGCGAACAUUUGUUAAUAAGCCAACUAAAACGAGACCACAACUUGAAAUUAGCAAUUGCUGUUUUAUUUUUGUGCUAUGUAAUGCAAAUCACGAUUAAUCGCUUCUUAUUAUCUGUUAUAACAUGAUAUCGAUAACUUACCAGUACAACUUUGCACUGAUAUUCUACCCCGAACAUCUGACUUCCACUUGAAAGGACCAAAAUAAAACACUGCAAAUAACAUCCCCACACAAAUUUAUGUUUAAGGCCUGUAGGCAGCUCUAACGAAAUUUCCAUAACCAUUUGAAAUACAUCAGAUCCUUAGGGAAAUUUUCGGUUUGACUUGGAGUAAUAAGCUAAUGAUGACAUUUUUCACAAUCGAUAGAAUUAUUGAUUUAAUUCUGUUUUGCAUCAUGAAAUGGAUUUGUUUAAGGCGUUUGAAUUUGACAAAUGUCUUAAUAUGUCAUCAAAAAAGUGUGACAUUAGUUAAAUGAAUGUAUCGCUAGAUGUCGCCAUACAUUUUUUUAUUGCAAACAUUUUGCGAGAGCUGCGAACCGACUUGUUGCAGAGAUGCUUUUAUUGGCACCAAAUUUGUAGAGAGAGCUUUUUGUCUCUCUCCCUUUAAUUGUUAUCGAUGAGUGUGAGAGAUUACCAUCUCUGAACGAGUAUAUUCAGUCUUUGAAAGAGUAGUUGAAGAAAUUAACAGUUAAAAGCCACCUUUACCAAUUUGGUGAAGCAAAGUAAAGCGAUUAUUAAAUUUUAGAUUUUUCUAUGAUUUAUACCAUUUUCAGCGAGGAACAUAACACUGUUCCUAUUAUUUAAAAUGUUUCUCUUUUUAUUUACCAAUUUCAAUGUUAAACGAUACGAUAUUACUUAAAAAGCUAAUUAAAUAUAAAACUUUUAGGAUAACGUAGUGAAAUUAAAUAUUUUUAGUCUCAAAGAAAAACCACACACACACACACACACACAGCCGAAUUAACGAAAAUAAACAACAACAAUACAAACAGGAAAUAACCUUAAAAUAUCACAAGUUAUUAAUAAGCAUGCAAUUAUUAUGAUAAAAGAUAAAAGAAUUUCGAAACAGUGUUGCCAAAUUAUUUGCGAAAUAGAAAAUUGAAAUAAUUUAUAAGAAUUUUAACUUUAAACCAAAUAAACAAAACGAAAUAAAGGAUUAUUACAAAAACGAUUAGAAACAGAAAUUGGAGAGGUCAUAAAAUAUAAAAUUAUAUUUUUUUCUUUUUUAGUUUUAUUAAAAAACGUGAAAGAAUUUUUAAACAUUUGUUAGAAAUAUUUCUUUAGCCGUACCAUUUUUUGUUAAAUUUGUUUAUAUUUUCAAAAUUCUUAUCCUUACAAAGUUUUUUCCUUAGAACCACAACAAAGUGCAAUAUUAAUUAUCUGUUUUUAUUUUUUUUUCUCAAUUUUUUAUGUAAAACAAAAAAUUUUCCAUUUAGUUUUAUUUAGAUUUUAAGUAACGCACAACAUGCCCUUUUAUUUGUUUCUACUUUUUUUAAGCUUUACAUUGUUAAAAUAAAAAAGUGUCAGUACUUUUAUUAUCUAUUUUUUUAUAUAUAAAAAACAAAAACAAAAUCGUCCAUUGUUUGUAUUUUUAGUUUAAUUUUUUUUUAAAUUAAAAACAUUAAAAAUUAUAAUUAUGUUGUUGUAUGCUUUUAUGGUACUUAUAUUUAAUUCUUUUAAUUUUUAUGGAAUGUAUUUAAAAUUUUUUUUAAACAUAUCUCACAAAUUCAUACAAAAUACAGUAAAAUUAAAGGAAAAAAAUCAUACAUACAACAACCUUACCACUUACAUAUAGAAUAUUGGCAAAUGUGCCAAUAUGAUAAUACUGAAGAAAAACAUACAUUAAUAAGUAAAUAUUAUCGUAAUAAUAAUAAUUACCUACCACAAGUUUUUAUUGACAUAUAAACAGCAUACAACAUAAACAAAGAGUAACCGAAAAUAUUCAAUAUUUUAUAGUAUUUUAUCAAAACAAAAGAAAAAUACAGCAACUGAGAAAAAUAAAAAGAAAAUAAACCACAAAAACGUAU